UUGUGGCAGCCCGGCGUAUGGAAUUUCUGCUGCUGUCACAAUGCUGUUGGUCCUUGAGGCAGCGUGAGAGUUGCAGUCCCAGGGCGUUGGAUGGCACCCAUAUUGAAGCCCUCCUCAUGGAGAUGCAGAAUCCAGACACUGGCAUCAAAAUGCACACUCAGAGAGUGAUGAUCACUAACAUCCCGCAUGCUAUGACAGGUAGUGACAUACUGCAGUGGAUUAUGCAGCAUCUGAAAAUCGUGGAGGAAGAGGCACUAAACUUGGGGAAUCUACUUGUCAAGUAUGGCUACAUCUACCCUUUGCAAGAGCCGAAAAACCUCAUCCUCAAAACAGACAGCAGCCUCUACAGAUUUCAGGCACCCUAUUUCUGGCCCACCCAGCAAUGGGCAGCAGAUGAUACCGACUAUGCAAUCUACCUAGCCAAGAAAAAUAUUAAGAGGAAAGGGAUGUUAGAAGAGUAUGAAAAGGAACAUUACAACUUGCUAAAUAAAAAAAUAAACUACAAAUGGGAUUUUGUUGUUAUGCAGGCCAAAGAGCAGUAUAGGACAGGAAAGGAACGGAAGAAGGCAGACAGGUACGCUCUGGAUUGUCAGGAGAAGGCCUAUUGGCUAGUGCAUCGAACACCUCCCGGCAUGCAAGACGUCCUGGAGUACGGACUAGACCGAGUAACUGAUCCCAAUGAAAAUAAGAAAAAAACCAUUGAUGUUUAUAGAAGAGAGAUCAUGUACUACCAGCAAGCCAUCAUGAAGUCCACAGUGAAAUCUUCUGUCUCCCUCGGAGGGAUCGUGAAGUACAGUGAACAGUUCCUCUCCAAUGACCCCAUCAUGUCUGGAUGCCUCCCCAGCAAUCCCUGGAUAACCGAUGACGCGGAGUUCUGGGAGCUCAAUGCAAAGCUAGUGGAAAUCCCUACCAGGAUGCGUGUGGAGCGAUGGGCCUUUAAUUUUAACGAGCUGAUCAGGGACCCGAAAGGCCGGCAGAACUUCCAGCUCUUCCUGAAGAAAGAAUUCAGUGGAGAGAAUCUGGGAUUCUGGGAAGCCUGUGAGGACCUGAAAUAUGGCGACCAAUCCAAAGUCAAAGAAAAAGCAGAAGAAAUUUACAAACUCUUCCUGGCUCCCGGGGCGAGGCGCUGGAUUAACAUUGACGGCACGACCAUGGGCAUCACCGUCCGGGGUCUCAAGCACCCUCAUCGCUACGUUUUAGAUGCGGCGCAGACUCAUAUUUACAUGCUCAUGAAAAAGGACUCUUAUGGUCGCUAUUUAAAGUCUCCCAUAUACAAGGAGAUGUUGGCCAAGGCCAUCGUGCCCCAAGAGACAGUGAAGAAAAGUUCCAGUUUCCCGUUCGCUCGCCGUCACCUCCGGUCCAGCCCCAGCCCCGUCAUCCUGAGGCAGCAGGAAGAAGAGGCCAAGGCCAAAGAAGCAGCAACCAACGUGGAUAUUACCCAGCUGUGUCAGUUCACUGCUCCCAUCCCUCACCUGGCUGUGUACACCGGCACCUCUGUUCCUUCAUCUCCGUCAACUCCGCCCCCCUCCUGCCAGCUCCCAAACAACCUUCCUGCCCAGUCCCCUAGGCACAUCACCCUGCCAAACAGCACUGUCUGCCCUUCCCCCAUUAGCCUCGCCCUGGACAGUACCCCCUGCUUGGAGAGGAAGUGGGAAGCCAACGGGUCCAACUCGAACCCCUUUCCUUCUAUCGCCGAGAGCACGGAGAUCUCCAUGGAUUCGGAAUCGGGCACUUGCAGCAGCCAGCUGCCGGAGAACGGGGAAGCCAAAGCACCUCCCAAAUCCCGGAUGACCUUGUCCUUCAGCAGGUUCUUGAAACGGGGAUGUUUAAACUCGCCGGUGUUUGCCACUCUCUCGCCAAAGUGCCCGGCUGUAACCCACGGAAAGGUUCAGCCGCUCGAUGACCUGGAGCAACAGUUGCAGCAGAAGUCCAAAACAGUGACCAACUUCUUCCAGAUAAAAGUGGACAUUCCUCCAGAGAGCAGGAUCUACCCAAUAGACUCUGAGGAAGCGGAGGAGGACUGCCCCCCGGCUUGUAAGGACUCCGUGAAGGAAGUUAUCUGCCCUUGGGAGAACCUUCCAGAACAAGGGAAAGCUGGAUAACAAGCAACUCUCCGUGCAGACAGGAUGUGACCUACUUAUAAAUGGAUCUUUUCUUUCCAGGCCCUGACUCUGCAAGGUUCACCACGUACAGUUCAAUAUAUGAACCUGCUGCUAAAAAAGUACAUUAGAGUCAUGCUUCAGUGUCAAGGAGACUCAAACCACGCUGGCUAUGAGUAAUGGACCCUGACACACACAUCUGUGUGUGUCUCCUGACCUAUUUUCCUUCGUAUCUUUAGAAAGUCAGACUCAUCUAUUACUGACUUUUUGAUAAAUGAACCUUAUUUGCUGCCUUAUAGUUGAUAAAAAUGUGUCCUAGGGGAUAUUCUCUCCCAUGUAAGUAGAUUCUUGAUCCUUGCAAAGUGCUGUACAGGUGAAAUGUAGCUAUCUUGAAGGUGUCUCUAAGGGUGUGUCUA